GAUAUCAGUAACAGCCGGAGACUAGCGCAGGAGGGAGCCUCGCCCCCAGGAAACUGAAGACAUGGCACCCAAGAAGGCCAAGAGAAGGGCAGCAGCAGAGGGUGGGAGCUCCAAUGUCUUCUCAAUGUUCGACCAGACUCAGAUCCAGGAGUUCAAGGAGGCCUUCACAGUCAUUGACCAGAACCGUGAUGGCAUUAUUGACAAGGAAGACCUGCGGGACACCUUUGCAGCCAUGGGGCGCCUCAAUGUGAAGAAUGAGGAGCUAGAUGAAAUGAUGAAGGAAGCCAGCGGUCCCAUCAACUUCACCGUCUUCCUGACCAUGUUCGGAGAGAAGCUCAAAGGUGCCGACCCUGAGGAUGUGAUCACUGGAGCCUUCAAGGUCCUGGACCCUGAAGGGAAGGGUUUUAUCAAGAAGCAGUUCUUGGAGGAGCUACUUACCACCCAGUGUGACCGCUUCUCCCAGGAAGAGAUCAAGAACAUGUGGGCGGCCUUCCCUCCCGACGUGACCGGCAUGGUAGACUACAAGAAUAUCUGCUACGUCAUCACGCAUGGCGACGCCAAGGACCAGGAGUAGAGGGCCCUUUUAGGCCUCCUCUAGCCAACGCCUCCUGACAGCUGACCCCUACCCCGAGUCCUAAUAAAAUUGAGCUGGUCUUUGUUUCUUA